GGAAAGGAAUAGUCUGAUGAAGGAAGCAGAGGUUUUGCACAGAGCCAGAUUUUCCCAUAUAAUCCAAAUUUAUGGUAUUUGCAAUGAACCUGAAUUUAUGGGGAUUGUCACGGAAUACAUGAGCAAUGGGUCUUUGGACCAACUUCUUUAUCAGAAAGAUAUAUAUCCAACACUUCCUUGGUCACUGAGACUUCGCAUAUUGUAUGAAAUUGCACUGGGAGUGAAUUUUCUUCACAACAUGAACCCACCAUUACUGCAUCAUGAUCUGAAGGCACAAAAUAUUCUGCUGGAUGGUGAAUUUCAUGUAAAGAUUGCAGACUUUGGGAUGUCAAAAUGGCGACGUUUAACCAUGAGUAAAUCUUCAGGCCUUAAAUCCCCCACAGCUGGAGGAACUGUUAUCUACAUGGCUCCAGAGCAGUAUGAGCCGAACAAAGCAAAACGUGCAGAUGUGAAACAUGACAUGUACAGCUAUUCAAUAAUAAUGUGGGAAGUCCUUUCAAGAAAACAGCCAUUUGAAGAUGCUACAAACCCAGUGCAGGUCAUGUUCAGUGUACUGCAGGGUUCCCGACCUGACACCAGUGAGGAGAGUUUAUCACUGGACAUCCCCAACCGGGAAACACUACUUGGGCUGAUGAUUAGCGGCUGGUCUCAAAACCCUAAUGAACGGCCUUCCUUUAUUAAAUGUCUCAUGGAAUUGGAACCAGUGGUUCGAGCAUUUAAUGAACUGACUGUACUUGAAGAUGUUUUAUCACUUAAAAGAGUAAAAGGGAAUUUUAAUUCAAACACGUUUUCAGCAUCAUAUGAAAAAGUCAAUGGAGAUUUGAAGUCACUUAAUAUACCAGUACAGGCUGAUGCUGGUCCCAAGAUCAGUUUUCUUAACUUUUUAUGUUUCUGCUUAUUGUGUUCUAUCCAAGUAGCUAUGAAUCCAGAACCACAUUCCUUGUCCUCCCAUCAGGAAGAUAUCUCCUUUCGGCAGUCAGCUGGAGUUCUCCAUCAGUUUCCUACAGCUCCCUCACUUCCAACGUACAACAUUAUGCCUUCGGUAUCAGAAAACAGUGAUAUCAGAAGCACAGAUGAAAAUGUUUUGUCUAGUUUAAAAUGUCAACAUGAUGAACUGUACACACCAUCUUUAGUCACACCCAGUGAAGAAGGCAGUUUGCCUCAGACGAUGAUAUGCCAACCAGAUGACACAUUUAUACCUAAAAAGGUAUUUCCUGAAAGUGAACCAGACAGUGGAUCAGGAUUGAUAACGUUCCAACCUUGCUCUGGUUUCAUCACAGAGUGUGUGUCUCACGGUUUGGCUCACCAGUGGAUUCAAAGCAAAAGGGAGGAUAUUAUCAAUCAGAUGACAGAGGCAUGUCUGAAUCAAGCCUUGGAUGCCCUAAUUUCCCGUGACUUAGUAAUGAAAGAGGAUUAUGAGCUCAUCAGCACCAAACCCACAAGAACAGCAAAAGUCCGGCAACUUUUGGACACUAGUGACAACCAUGGAGAAGACUUUUCCAGAGUUAUUGUUCAGAAGUUAAAAGACAAUAAACAGAUGGGGCUUCAACCUUAUCCAGAUCUGUCUUCAAUAUCUAGUCCAUCCUCUUACUUGAGCCUGAUGUCAACUCAACUCAAAAUCAAAUGACUGUUAUUCAGACAAAGCAAAAUGCUGCAGAUCCUGGAAAUCUGAAAUAAAAAGAGAAUGCUGGAAAUAUUCAGCAGAUUAGGUGGGAUCUACGUACACAGUUAAUGUUUUCAGGUCAAUGACCGCUGUUCAGUAUUCUCUGAGACUGUCAUUCAGGUUUUUUUCCUCAAAUUUUCUUUUGUUCUGGGUUAUUUAAGCAAUGUCAUGGUGGAUUUAUCAUCAGUGUAUUUGUACUGUACUGAAGCUGUACCAAUUGAAAGUACGAUGUUGUAGAAGUUGGUAUGGUUUUCCUUUGACCCAAGAGUUCAUAACAGCAUUCAUGUAGUCAGGUGACUGCUCCUCAUUGUUGUCUAUGCUUAUGAUUGUCUAGACUUCUUCUUUUUGAGUUUGUUAAUGUACUUUUACCAAACUGUUUCAUUGAAUGUUACCACAAUAUAGAAUAUCUCAUCUUAAAGGGAAUAGAGGCUUAUAUUCUUAUUAUUUCCUCACUGAACUCCAUUGAUUUAAUGGCUUCCCAAUAAGAUGACCCCACAACCUUGAUGAAUGAAUAUGUUACCUUACACCUGAAUGUUUAGCAAUAGAUUUUAGAUGGUCUCGGGCAGGAAAAUGCUGCUUUCUAUCUUUUUCCAAAAACUAGAUAGUUAUUAUCACUUGUACAGAAACUUAUAAAUUUGGGUUAACCGGGAGAACACCGUAGCGGUUUGAGGGGAAAAAUUGCCUGUGCAUGCAUUAAAAUGGAAUGGGCAUAUAUAAAACCGUAGCAGUCAGAAGGCUUUCAGCAACACUUAAUUGCCAAGUUAAUCCUUUUGAAAAUGUUUGUCAAGGAUAAAGGGGAGUCAGAAGAGGAGAGACAAACUGAAUAGAGGAAAACAAAAUGGAAGGGGAGUUUGCAGAUGAGAGGUUUUGCUGGGCACUCGACCUCCAACUUGGUUGCUGAAGUGACAGUGGUGAGGUGGGAUAGUCCUCUUUGUUACCUCAGUGUUGUAGAAUGCCCUUCAGGAACUUGAACAUAUUCCAAUUUGUCAGUUCAGCCCUGAAUGGUUGUUGCACAUGUCCUUCUGUCCUGCUCUACAUUUGACAUUCUAAUCUUGCACAUAAUGAAGACACAUCCCCACGGUUGUUUGGUAGAGAUGGCACAAAUAGUUGGGAAUGUUACAAGUGUGACCAGCUAUACCAGACUGCCUGCUCAAAACAUGGCAUCCUGUCACUGGAUUGUGCCAUAGCAUUAGUCUACUAUAUUAGAACAAUCUCUGAUUAAAGACUCACUGCUCAAUCUCACAAACAGAUUGCAAUCCUAGGAUUUUUGCCAACAAAAUGUCUAUCAUGGUAGAAAUGGCAGAUGGACUGAAAAUUCCCAGUCCUGCCUAUCUUCAUGGUCAUAGUUCCCAGAGGAAUUUGAGUCAGCUUCUGGAGCCCAGGAUUGUAAAGCAUGAAGUGUUCGCAGUAGAUCUGUACGACCUUGUGCAUUUCUUUGAGUAGCCAUAGUGUCCCUUUGUUGACCUGUACUGAUAUGGUCCCCAGGCACCUUUUGGGGAAAUAACAUAGUUUUUGGCUGCCCUCUCUAAUCAACAAAAACAGGCCUUAAAUAUGUGUAGAAAGUGCAUAAACUCAGGAACUAUCAGAACACUUGUCAAAAUCAUUGAUCAAAGCUCUUAAGACAUACUUCGGAAGUCUUGUUAGGACCUAUCGGAAACAACUGUCAAAGGGAGCUGUUUGGCAUUUAAAAGCGCUACCUUUCAUAUAUUUGAAGAAAAGUAUGCACUGUUUUAAAAAAAAAACUCAUUACUCUGUUUCACAUUUGUUGCCAAACACCUGAGAACCUCGGUUAUUGGAUUAAUCAGCAUGAUUGAUUUCACAACUGUUCAUUAUCACAGUAUCAUGUGCUAUUUCACGGUUUGACCACUGCAAGUUAUUCUAGAUGAUUUGAAAUGGGACUAUGAAUUCCAAAGCUUGUUUUAAGAGAUAGAGCAGUUGAGUGCAAUUGUAACGCAUCUUAUCAUUGAAGGAAGGUAAAUGCAGCAAAUGAGUUUUUAUGAUUUAAAUAUAGUGUAAAGUCUGCAAUAAAUACUUAAAUUAAUUUCAUUAAUGUUGUGGUUCUGUUCACUGAGCUGGGAAUUUGUGUUGCAGGCGUUUCGUCCCCUGUCUAGGUGACAUC